AUGCAUAUAAACAAAAAUAAGAUAGAAUUAUCAGAACAAAAAUACAAAGAAAUAUAUGGUAAAACAUUAAGAGGAGGUGAAUUAAAACAAUUCCAUCCAGAUUUUGAUGAAUUAUCUGGAGAUGUAUAUUCAAAAGAAUCUUACUUCUUAGGUAAGAAAGCUUAUAUAGAUGUAUUAACGAAUGAAAAACAAGAACAUGUUUUACAUUUAAGAAUAAAAAGAAUUUUAAACAAUUUUUUAGAAAAUAGAAAAAAUCCGAUAAAACUAUAUAAGAAACUCUAUGCUGGAGAAUCUUAUACAUUUAACUUACUUGAUAUAUAA